UCAAACAAUAAUAAAACAUUUGUAGUGGAUGUUUUCAUUUUAGCAGGCCGCGCCGUCACAUCCUUAUAUGGUGGAAUAAUCAACUUUUAUGCCUAAGAAAACAACAAUGCAAUAAAAUAAAAAAAUAAAAAAAAGAGCCACAUAUUUUCGAUCACAUCAUAAUCUAAAAAGUCGGGUGGUCAAAAGGACAAAAUUUAACAAUAGUGGUUAAUGGACUUACUAUUUGUCCCAUUCUUUUUUUGCCUUCUUUUUUUGGUUAAACAUUAUUUGUCCUAUUCAGUAUAUUCUUGACUAUAAACAAAUAGUCAUCCUAUCCUACUCAUAAACCACCACUUCCACGUCCCAGAGUUGGGACAGUAGGAAACAAAGCCGUAGGACCCAACUAUGUCUCAUCUCUCACCUCUCUAUUUCAACACUUGAUUCUCUUUCUCAUAUACUAACUUGUUUUGAUUUUUUCCAAAACCCUAACUUCUUUUGAAACAGAAAAAGAAGAAAAACCUUCACUCCACCACAACCACAACAUGGGCGCCAUACUUACGACAGUUAUCAACAACAAUACCGAUUUUCCAUUGGAAAUCCGUAAGUGUUCUAAACUAGAUAAACAAGGAACAUGGCAUCACCCUGUUCGUGUUGAACCUCAUAAACACAUAUCUAUGAGAUCCAGAAAGUUUAAUUUUAAUUGGAGUGAUACAUCAAUCACCAGGUUCAUCAAAUUUUCUUGCAAUGGAGUUUGUUUUGCCAUUUUAACUCCACAAGAUUUCAUAAACAACAGAAGAUUCAAUGUCGAAAUGGAUGAUCAGAAAAUACCAUUCCUCACCACAAUCAAGCUUUCCACAGUGUCUGGAAAUAUUUCAGACAGGAGGACAGAAGAACCUCUUCUUCCUUAACGGCUACCAAUGGGUCAGGGAAACCUCUCUCAUUCUUUUACUAAAGUUUUUCUUUAUUUUUUUUUUUGGUAUUAAAGUUUUUCUUUAUUUAGGAUCUAGUGUAUGUGUAGCUACAAAGUGGUUUUGUUUGUAAACUUGUACUUUGAUUCUCUAAUUCAUAUACACGUUAUGUUUUCUUUUAUUUCUCUCUGUGUGGUGCCGGUGGAGACUGGAUUCUCUCCUGUCAAACGGAGAGUCCAUACAAUUAAAAUUAAAAGAAUAAACAUUUUAAAAAUUAUAAAAAGUGUUUGAAUGGUAUGGAUGACCACACAUCAGGAAAUCGGAGAGAGUCUCCACUGGAGACAAUCCAUUGUCAUGCUGGUGCUGUUGUUCCAGGGAAUUUUCUUUCUGGCUUUUGGUUGUGUCUUUUAAGUUGGUGUAAUUUGAGUUCCUUUGUUCUUGUUUCUUUGUUUGUUUUUUUUUUUUGGCUUAAUUUGAACUACUACAUCUUGUGUUACAAUAAAAUAAUAAUAAUAAAAUUGUUGUACGGAGGGUAAUCUAGUAAUAAUAAUAAAAUAAUAAAAAAACUGCGGCAAGAAAAAAAGUGUAACCCAACCAUUCUCUGCCACGUUGUAUUGUCAAAGUUGUUGUCCAAAACUUGUUCUUAGAAUAUUAUUA